ACAUGGAAGGUAACGCCUUUCAAGGGACCAUUCCCAACUCUUUGAGGAUCUUGAGAGGCCUUGUAGAGUUGGAUUUCUCGCGGAAUAACUUGAGUGGGCAAAUUCCAGAAUAUCUAAAGAGUUUUACUCUGCAGAAACUAAAUCUUUCUUUCAAUGAUUUUGAGGGCCAAGUGCCUAUCCAAGGGGUGUUUGAAAAUGCAAGUGGGAUUUCUGUGAUUGGAAACAGUAAACUCUGUGGAGGUAUCCCAAAACUAGGCCUACCCAAAUGCCUUGUUCUGAGAUCUAAAUCGCGGAGGUCUUUAAGCCUGAAAGUAAUCAUACCAGUCAUUAUCGUUGCUGUGUGUUUGAUUUCAUUAUUGUUGUGUUUCGCCCUUCUUCGGAGAAGAAAAUCAAGACAGAAGCAUUUGCACACUUCCUCCUCAGAAGACCGGUACAAGAACGUCUCUUAUGCGGAGCUUCUCAAAGUAACAGAUGGGUUCUCUUCACACAAUUUGAUCGGCGUGGGAAGUUAUGGUUCUGUUUAUAAAGGAUACUUUGUUUCAGAUGGCCAAAUUGUUGCAGUGAAAGUACUCAAUCUUCAAAGACAAGGAGCUUGGAGAAGCUUCCUCGCAGAAUGCGAGGCAUUGAGAAAUGUCCGGCAUCGAAAUCUCGUCAAGAUCUUAGCAUCCUGCUCAAGCAUUGAUUUUAAGGGCAAUGAUUUCAAAGCACUAGUUUUCAAGUACAUGCCGAAUGGAAGUUUAGAGGAGUGGUUGCAUCCAAAAAUUGACGAGGAACAUCGAUCAAGGACUUUGAACCUUAUUCAGAGGUUAAACAUAGCCAUUGAUGCAGCUUAUGCUCUGGAUUAUCUUCAUCACCAUUGCCAAACGCCCAUUGCUCACUGCGAUCUCAAACCAAGUAAUGUUCUACUUGAUAAUGACAUGGUGGCCCAUGUGAGUGAUUUUGGCAUCGCAAGGUUCCUUUAUGAGGCUGUCGAUGAUCGCUCCACAAAUAGAACUAACUCCAUUGCAGUAAAGGGAUCCAUUGGCUAUGUUCCCCCAGAGUAUGGUAUGGGUGGCAAUGUUUCUGCGUCAGGCGAUGUUUACAGUUAUGGAAUCCUUUUAUUGGAGAUGUUCACGGGCAAAAGGCCCACUGAAGACAUGUUUAAGGACGGUUUAAGCAUUCAUGAAUUUGUCAAAAUGGCUUUGCCCAAUCAAGUGCUGGAGAUAGUGGACCCGCUACUCUUAAAAGGACAAAAAGAAGAACAAGUGCAAGAUCAAGAAAUAGAAGAAGAAAUAGCAUUCAAUCAUAUCAACAAUGGCGAAAUCAAAACAGGUAGUGUCUUGGAGUGCUUGGUUUCCGUGUUUGGUAUUGGAGUCGCAUGUUCUCUUGAAUCGCCAAGAGAUCGGAUGCAGAUGAAAGAUGUAGUCAAAAAAAUGCUAGUGAUAAGGGACAUGUUUCUUGCUGCUGGGAUCUAAAGGAAUGGAUGAAACAAGAGCCUUCGCUGAUGUGGGGUCCAUUCAUCUUACAUCAAUGUGGGGGUCAUCAGAUCAUGUCCACUGGCAAUUUGCAAAUCUCGUUUAAAGUGGAUGGCUGAAAACUGCUUGUUGAACAUGUAAUUGUUAUUUAUUUGGACAUUACAAUUGUAGCCUUUUCUGUUA